AAUGAGUGCAAUAAGAACAGCUAUUGGCUCACAAUGUACCCAGAGAUACCUCCUCUACCCUGGCUGGCAUUGCCGUCAUCCCAAGGCUGACUGGCCGCCAUUGCCUAAAGGGAUGUACCUCCCAACGUACCGAGCCUCAUCAGCACUACCUAACCGCUACAGACCUCCAGACCAGAGCUUGUCAAUUGCGACACCACACCACUCUCCCGCUUCCACUUCCAUCAUCACCACGACCUACUUCGCCUCGAGAUCACACUUGCCGGUCCAUCGUAUUCCAAUCUCUCGAUAUUCUCCCAGUAUCCUCGUCCUCGAUCACUGAAGCUAUCAGACCGCCCGGUGACAGCCUCUAGAGUGGGAGGGAGCACCAGCAAUCAUGGCGCUCGACAACUAUUACCACAACAAGAUCGAGGCUAUGAAGCUCGAGAUCAUCAAAGGACAAGCCGUCUUACGCCGCCUUGAAGCCCAGAGAAAUGACUACAAUUCGAGAGUACGAUUAUUGCGCGAGGAGCUAGGAUUACUGCAACAGCCCGGUUCAUACGUUGGCGAGGUGGUCAAGGUCAUGGGCACGAAAAAGGUCCUGGUCAAGGUACAUCCUGAAGGAAAAUACGUCGUUGAUGUCGCCGACUCCGUGGACAUAGCGAAGCUCACAGUAGGCAAGCGGGUGACGCUGCUGUCCGACUCUUACAAACUAGAGAAGAUCCUACCAUCCUCAGUCGAUCCUCUCGUUUCCCUCAUGAUGGUCGAAAAGGUACCAGACAGUACAUACGACAUGAUCGGUGGCUUGGAUCAGCAAAUCAAGGAAAUCAAGGAAGUCAUCGAACUAGGUCUCAAGCACCCCGAACUCUUUGAAUCACUCGGUAUCGCCCAACCCAAGGGUGUAUUACUCUAUGGCCCUCCCGGUACAGGGAAGACGCUACUAGCCCGAGCUGUCGCGCAUCACACAGACUGCAAGUUCAUCCGUGUCUCCGGUUCCGAACUUGUUCAAAAGUACAUAGGUGAAGGUUCUCGCAUGGUCCGUGAGCUAUUCGUCAUGGCCAGAGAACACGCACCCUCAAUCAUCUUCAUGGACGAGAUCGACUCUAUCGGUUCAUCGCGUGUGGAGGGAUCCUCCGGUGGCGAUUCAGAAGUGCAGCGGACAAUGUUGGAGCUUCUCAACCAGCUCGACGGUUUCGAGCCCACCAAGAACAUCAAGGUCAUCAUGGCCACAAAUCGUCUCGAUAUUCUAGAUCCAGCGCUCCUCCGACCCGGUCGUAUCGACCGUAAGAUCGAGUUCCCACCGCCGUCGGUCGAGGCCCGAGCCGAUAUUCUCCGCAUCCACAGCAGAAAGAUGAAUCUCACCCGUGGUAUCAACCUCACCAAGAUUGCGGAGAAGAUGAACGGAUGCUCUGGUGCCGAGCUCAAGGGUGUCUGUACCGAGGCCGGCAUGUACGCCCUGCGCGAGCGGAGAGUACACGUCACGCAAGAGGACUUCGAGCUCGCGACAGCCAAGAUCCUCAACAAACACGACGACAAAGAGGUUUCGCUGCAGAAGUUCUGGAAAUAAGCUAUGGGGUCUUCCAUCUCGCAACGUUACAAAAGGAGGCUAAUGGGCGAACGGCAUGGGAAUGUCGAUAUUGCUCAUGCUCAAACUCUCCCACCUACUAGUCUUGUACAAUGUAUCAUGAACACAAGCGGUUUAUUUAGACGUGGUAGAAAUGCAACGAGCCAACGAUUUUUUUCAGUGCUUUCUCUCUGCCUUGAUUCGACGUGUUCCUGAUAAACCAACCCUGCUACAAAAAUUCUGAAAUGAAAUGAAAUAGACCUUGAUAAAGCUCGCUACACUGAUAGGUACAGUACAGUCUUACCAUGCAUGCAUGGUACUCUAAAUCAUAUUUAUUAAG